GUUAACACUUUGCUCAUACUGAAGUGAAACCACUCCUCACUCGGACCUGCAUGGACUCUCUGGGAUCUCAGAUGAUCUUUAGGAAUGGACCAGACUUAGAGCAGAAAAACUGGACUUAAGUGAGCAAGAAACUGAACAUUCAGAAGAAGGAGACCUGCUGAAGAGUUCAUAUUUUCUACAAUAGAGUUUCAUGAGUUCAGAUGACUCCUGUGAUUUAGUUUCCUCUCUGCUCUGACACUCUCACUGAAGGAUCAGACUCACAGACAACAAGAAGUCUUCAUCGUGAGUUGUUAUCUUGGCCAACGGCUCGACUCUGGAUCUUGGCUCUAAUCAGGGACUCGCCCUGCUGGACUGAUAAGCUCAAAGAAAAAAUCAAUACCUGAAAAUCUGAGCUCACGUCUCUGCAACCAUGAGCGAGGAAAUUGAGAUAGCAGACGAGAAGGACUGGCAUGAGCUUGAACCCAACUACCCGAUCAAGAUCUUCCUCACCGUCCUCUACAGCCUCAUUCUGGUGACAGGCAUUGUGGGUAAUUCAGUCACCAUCAGAGUGGCGCACAUACUGAAGCGUAACGGCUACCUGCAGAAGAAUGUGACUGACCACAUGGUUAGCUUAGCAUGUUCAGACAUGUUGGUGCUCCUCAUUGGCAUGCCUGUGGAGCUCUACAGCGCCACCUGGUUUCCAUUUGCGUCAGCUUCAGGCAACGCGUCCUGUAAGAUUUACAACUUCCUGUUUGAGGCUUGCAGCUAUGCCACCAUCCUCAAUGUGGCCACGCUAAGCUUUGAGCGCUACACCGCUAUCUGCCAUCCAUUUCGCUUCAAAGCUUUGGGGGGGAAACGUACCCGCGGACUCAUCACCUUCGCCUGGCUGGCAUCCGUGCUCGUCGCCCUGCCUUUGCUGAUCGCCACAGGAACUCAGGGACACAUCCCCUACCGAACUGAUACACCCGUCCAGAAUCUGACCUUCUGUACCAACCUGAGGGAACACUGGGUGAUGUACAGGGUCAGCGUCUUCGUGGCCUUCAUCAUCUACAUAAUUGUGUUGAUCUGUGUGGCCAUCAUGUGCCGGGCCAUGAUCCUCGUCCUUCGGAGACCUAUGGGAUGCGUGGAUGAAGGACCCAACGGAACUCAAAAGGCAUCCAAGCAUCAAAGUCAAAAAGCGAAGACCGCCAGGAAGCAGACCAUCAUCUUUCUGGGUCUCAUCGUGGGAUCCUUGAUGCUGUGCUGGCUCCCCAACCAGAUUCGUCGUCUCAUGAUGGCCGCCGUGCCCAAGUCCCGCUGGACCACUUCCUACUUCCGGAGCUACGUCACCCUCCACCCUGUAGCUGACACUUUCUUCUACCUCAGUUCUGUCCUCAACCCUUUCCUCUACAACCUCUCCUCCAGACAGUUCAGGGAGGUUUUUGUGCAGGUGCUGCGGUGUCGCCUCACCGUUGAACACAUCAACAAGCGCACGCUGCAAAACUCCAAAGCUGUGUCUGGACGCUCUCUCCAGCCCCUGCUGAUAAGGUCAUUUCGUUGCAGUAAGGUUAACCGGCCCACCAUUAUUCAGGAGAAAAGCCCUCCCUCCUUUUCAACCUUUCAGCAGCAAAGUGACUCAGGAGUCGCUUCAAACACAGACACUUCUGUUGAACUCACUGAAGAGUCUGACCUCACUCUCACAACAAAGACAGGCGUACCAUCAGAGAGUGAAGUAUAAUGUGCUGUACAGUUUAAUGCAACAGAGAAGAGGAAAACAAAUCGAUGAUGUGUCGCGAUUCCAGAAACAAUUAUAUAUAUCUUUUACACACUAAACACCGAGAGUCAAGGCAGACGUUCCACUGACAAAUCACGCUUGGCUGAAAAUGUGAUGGGACACCUAAAAUAGAUAUUUAAUUUAAUAAUAUUAACAAACAAAAGCUCAAAUAUUAAGUUUAGACAUAAAGGCCUCACAGCUCGACUUCAUAGGCUGUAUUAAAGAAGUACAGAGCCGUCAUGGCGCCACCAUUGGACUUAUGAACUCCACUUUUCAAGCCUUUCGCUUUCACAAUCUUGGUUUUGAUGCAAGCUGUCAUAGAAAGUGUAUAAUUUUAUACUUUUACAAUUACUUAUUUUGUAACUGUACUUUUGACGAUAAUGUAAAGGACAUGAAGAAGAAGCAGCAGUGUUCCUACCUGUUUUAGCAAUCAUGACAAACUGAAAUGUAUUAACUUUACACAAAACACUAAGCCUGAGACCACACUAAUGUUUUUACCACAGUGUCAACAGGCAGAGGGGCAAUGUUUGGACUCUUUUUGAUUGAUUUGAUAUGACGUGUGUGUAAUCAGGCUGUUCUUGGCUUCACUUUUGUAAUGAGAAUACAUAUUUUUUAUAUUUUGGAGUUUUGACCAAUCAGAAUCAAGUAUCUAAAAUAGCUGGAUGAUAAAUAAACGUGAGGAUUUUCUGCAGCUUGAUGAAAGAAAAAUCCCAAACUCA